AGCCCGAACUCGGAGCCUCCGCCAGUGCCCCCGGCCCGGUUUCGGGACCCGGUCGCCUCCGUUUACCGCGACCAUGUUUGACAAGACGCGGCUGCCGUACGUGGCCCUCGAUGUGGUCUGCGUGUUGCUGGCUUCCAUGCCUAUGGCUUGUGUAAAUUUUGGCCAAAUAUAUCCAUUUAAGAGAGGCUUUUUCUGUAAUGACAGCAGCAUCCAGUAUCGAUACCAUGACAGUACGGUCACCACUACUAUGCUCAGCCUAGUGGGGCUUUCCCUUCCCAUGUCCUCUAUGAUUAUUGGAGAAUCCCUCUGUGUCUACUUUAAUCUCCUGCACUCAAACUCUUUUGUCAGGAAUAACUAUGUGGCCACUAUUUACAAAGCCAUUGGAACGUUUUUAUUUGGUGCGGCUUGUAGUCAGUCUCUGACUGACAUUGCCAAAUAUUCAAUAGGCAGACUAAGGCCUCACUUUUUGGAAGUUUGCGACCCAGAUUGGUCAAAAAUCAACUGCAGUGAAGGUUACAUUGAAGAUUUUGAAUGUCGAGGGGAUGCACGUAAAGUUAGGGAAGGCAGGUUGUCCUUUUACUCGGGCCAUUCUUCCUUCUCCAUGUACUGCAUGCUGUUCCUGGCACUUUAUCUCCAAGCAAGGAUGAAGGGAGACUGGGCAAGACUCUUACGCCCUACAUUACAAUUUGGUCUCUUUGCUAUGGCUGUUUACGUGGGCCUCUCUCGAGUUUCUGACUACAAACACCACUGGAGCGAUGUGCUGGUUGGACUCACACAAGGAGCUUUGUUUUCAGUAUUAGUUGUUGUAUAUGUAUCAGAUUUCUUCAAGCAGAGAAAUUCUCCUUUUAAAGAGGAGUCCUCUCAUACAUCUCUGCAUGAUACAACAAGAGCAGGGAAUCACUACCGGAACAGUAACCAGCCUUGAAGGUGGCAGAGUGCCCAAACAAAGCUGGCCUGCUAUGUAAAAGAAAUGAUUACAACCAGAAGACAAAGAAGAUGCAUUUUCAUCCUGGUGUAUAAGCCUUAAAGGAACUGCUGCUGCUAUACCUCCUUGGAUGCCCACUUUACCUGUGUGUAUAUAGUUACAUUUAACACAACAAUUAUCUAAUAGCUCCCAGAUUAUUAAAAAAAGUCAAGCCUUUCACUAAAAUAAUGCCCACCUGUACAUUUUUUUUUAUUAAAAAAUGUAAUGCUUAUGUACAAAUGUAUAUGUAAUAUGCUUUCUUGGAAUGAAGCUUGAUUUAAAUAUAAUACAUAUUAAAAUAUUGAGGAAAACGG